GGCGGGAGCGUUGGCGAGCGCAGGCCGCGGCGGCCGCGGAUUAUUCCGGAGCCGCGGACACAGCGAGCCUGCCCGCCACCAUCCCCCCCCACCCCCACCCCCGCCGCCUCGUCCCUGGCCUCAGCGGCCCUUCGUGUCCCCUCCGCUACCUCAGCCUGGCGUGGUCCGCCCGGCGGGCCGCUUAGCGAGCCGGCCGCUCCUUCCGGACUGGGGCAGCGUCCUGGAGCCGUCUGGCCCUGGAAUACGCGGAAGUGCUCAGCUCUCAAUGGACUGAAAAAUUGAGAAGAAAACCCAGUCUGCUUUUUGUGGGACAUUGGACAGCCGAAUAAAUGCAGUAUCUAAACAUAAAAGAGGACUGCAAUGCCAUGGCUUUCUGUGCUAAAAUGAGGAGCUCCAAGAAGUCUGAGGUGAAUCAGGUGGUCCCUGAGCCAGGGGUAGAAGUGACCUUCUAUCUGUUGGACAGAGAGCCCCUCCGACUGGGCAGUGGACAGUACACAGCAGAGGAACUGUGCAUCCGGGCCGCGCAGGAAUGCAGUAUCUCUCCUUUAUGCCACAACCUCUUUGCCUUAUAUGAUGAGAACACCAAACUCUGGUAUGCUCCAAACCACAUCAUCACUGUCAAUGACAAGAUGUCACUUCGGCUCCACUACCGCAUGAGGUUCUACUUCACCAACUGGCAUGGGACCAAUGACAAUGAACAGUCUGUAUGGCGACAUUCUCCAAAGAAGCAGAAAAAUGGCUAUGAGAAAAAAAAGGUUCCAGAUGCAACCCCUCUCCUUGAUGCCAGCUCAUUAGAGUAUCUGUUUGCUCAGGGACAGUAUGAUUUGAUCAAAUGCCUGGCUCCCAUUCGGGAUCCUAAGACUGAGCAGGAUGGACAUGAUAUUGAGAACGAGUGCCUUGGAAUGGCCGUCCUGGCCAUCUCACACUAUGCCAUGAUAAAGAAUAUGCAGUUGCCAGAACUUCCCAAGGAUAUCAGCUACAAGCGAUAUAUUCCAGAAACACUGAAUAAAUCUAUCAGACAAAGAAAUCUUCUCACCAGAAUGAGGAUAAAUAACGUUUUCAAGGAUUUCCUCAAGGAAUUUAACAAUAAGACUAUUUGCGACAGCAGUGUGUCCACACAUGAUCUGAAAGUGAAAUACCUGGCUACCUUGGAAACAUUGACAAAACAUUAUGGGGCUGAAAUAUUUGAGACUUCGAUGUUACUGAUAUCAUCAGAAAAUGAGAAGAAUUGGUUUCAUUCAAAUGACAGUGGAAAUGUUCUUUACUAUGAAGUGAUGGUGACCGGAAAUCUUGGAAUCCAGUGGCGACAGAAACCAAAUGCUGUUCCUGUUGAAAAGGAAAAAAAUAAGCUGAAGCGGAAGAAACUGGAAAAUAAACUUAAAAAGGAUGAGGAGAAAAACAAAAUCCGGGAAGAGUGGAACAAUUUUUCAUACUUCCCUGAAAUCACUCACAUUGUAAUAAAGGAGUCUGUAGUCAGCAUUAACAAGCAGGACAACAAAAAAAUGGAACUGAAACUUUCUUCCCAUGAGGAGGCCUUGUCCUUUGUAUCCCUGGUAGAUGGCUAUUUCCGGCUCACAGCAGAUGCCCACCAUUACCUCUGCACUGAUGUGGCUCCACCAUUGAUCGUCCACAACAUUCAGAAUGGCUGUCACGGUCCAAUCUGCACGGAAUAUGCCAUCAAUAAGCUACGGCAAGAAGGGAGCGAAGAGGGGAUGUAUGUGCUAAGGUGGAGCUGCACUGACUUUGAUAACAUCCUCAUGACUGUCACCUGCUUUGAAAAGUCUGAGGUGUUAGGUGGCCAAAAGCAGUUCAAGAACUUUCAGAUUGAGGUACAGAAGGGCAGCUACAGCCUGCAUGGUUCAGACCGCAGAUUUCCCAGUCUGGGAGAACUCAUGAGCCAUCUCAAGAAGCAGAUCCUGCGCACGGACAACAUCAGCUUUGUGCUGAAACGCUGCUGCCAACCCAAACCUCGAGAAAUCUCCAACCUGCUGGUGGCCACAAAGAAAGCCCAGGAGUGGCAGCCUGUCUACUCCAUGAGCCAGCUAAGUUUUGAUCGGAUCCUCAAGAAAGAUAUUGUACAAGGUGAGCACCUUGGCAGAGGCACCAGGACACAUAUCUACUCCGGGACCCUGGUGGAUUACAAGGACGAUGAAGGGACUGCUGAAGAGAAGAGAAUAAAAGUGAUCCUCAAGGUCUUAGACCCCAGCCACAGGGACAUUUCUCUGGCCUUCUUUGAGGCAGCCAGCAUGAUGAGACAGGUCUCCCACAAACACAUUGUAUACCUCUAUGGCGUGUGUGUCCGAGAUGUGGAAAACAUUAUGGUAGAAGAAUUUGUGGAGGGGGGGCCCCUGGAUCUCUUCAUGCACCGGAAAAGUGAUGUUCUCACCACACCAUGGAAGUUCAAAGUUGCCAAACAGCUGGCCAGCGCUCUGAGUUACUUGGAGGAUAAAGACCUGGUCCAUGGGAACGUGUGCACCAAAAAUCUCCUUCUGGCCCGAGAGGGCAUUGACAGCGAGAUUGGCCCUUUUAUCAAACUCAGCGACCCUGGCAUCCCUGUCUCUGUGCUGUCCAGGCAAGAGUGCAUAGAGCGAAUCCCAUGGAUUGCUCCUGAGUGUGUUGAAGACUCUAAGAACUUGAGUGUGGCUGCUGACAAGUGGAGCUUUGGAACCACACUCUGGGAAAUCUGCUACAAUGGCGAGAUACCCUUGAAAGACAAGACCCUGAUUGAGAAAGAGAGAUUCUAUGAAAGCCGCUGCAGGCCAGUGACACCGUCCUGCAAAGAACUAGCUGACCUUAUGACCCGUUGUAUGAACUAUGAUCCCAAUCAGAGACCCUUCUUCCGAGCCAUCAUGAGGGACAUUAACAAGCUUGAAGAACAGAAUCCAGACAUUGUUUCAGAAAGACAACCAGCAACAGAGGUGGAUCCCACCCAUUUUGAAAAGCGCUUCCUGAAGAGGAUCCGUGAUUUGGGAGAGGGUCACUUUGGGAAGGUUGAGCUCUGCAGGUAUGACCCUGAGGGGGACAAUACAGGAGAGCAGGUGGCUGUCAAAUCCCUGAAACCUGAGAGUGGAGGUAACCACAUAGCUGAUCUGAAGAAGGAAAUAGAAAUCUUAAGGAACCUCUAUCAUGAGAACAUUGUGAAGUACAAAGGAAUCUGCACAGAAGACGGAGGAAAUGGAAUCAAGCUCAUUAUGGAAUUUCUGCCUUCGGGAAGCCUUAAGGAAUAUCUUCCGAAGAAUAAGAACAAAAUUAACCUCAAACAACAACUAAAAUAUGCUGUUCAGAUUUGUAAGGGGAUGGACUAUCUGGGUUCUCGGCAAUAUGUUCACCGGGACUUAGCAGCAAGAAAUGUGCUUGUUGAGAGUGAACACCAAGUGAAAAUUGGAGACUUUGGUCUAACCAAAGCAAUUGAAACUGAUAAGGAGUACUACACAGUCAAGGACGACCGGGACAGCCCUGUGUUUUGGUAUGCUCCAGAAUGCUUAAUUCAGUGUAAAUUUUAUAUUGCUUCUGACGUCUGGUCCUUUGGAGUGACCCUGCACGAGCUGCUCACUUACUGUGAUUCGGAUUCAAGCCCCAUGGCUUUAUUUCUGAAAAUGAUUGGUCCAACUCAUGGCCAGAUGACAGUCACAAGACUUGUGAACACGCUGAAAGAAGGGAAGCGCCUGCCGUGUCCCCGCAACUGUCCCGAUGAGGUUUAUCUACUUAUGAAAAAAUGCUGGGAAUUACAACCAGCCAAUCGGACAACUUUUCAGAACCUUAUUGAAGGAUUUGAAGCACUUUUAAGAAGCAUGAAUAACCUUUAAAUCCCACUGUUUACCAAGUCCUCUGCCCCCAAUGAAUACCCAAGCAAUUUUAAAAGUUUUAUGCCAAGUUUGUUUUGUCUAAAAAGUCACUCAACAGGCAAAAGCCCACUGUGGGCCUAGCAUGUAUAAAACUUUCUCUAAAUUGCCACCUUUCAAAUUAGUGACAAAUAAUGACAGCCAAAAUGUCUGAAAGCACUUAAGCACUCCUCCUUUUGGAAAGACUGUAUCACCUUCAUGGAGCUAGUUUGCCAUCAUAAUUGCCUAACAAAAUAGGAUUUGUGAAAUAAGAGGAAUUGACCAAAGUACUGUCUCAAGAUGAUAGCUUUCCUCAACUGCCAGAUGACUUAAUGUAUUUUCUGGCACAUUUAUCUUAGGUAAAAAUCAGUGGACUUAAUUAGCCCAUAUGCUAACAUGCCCUCAAAUUUCAGUAUCUAUACAGUGAUAGACCAAGCAUUCUUAAAAUAUUAGAUACCAGUUAGUCUACUGUUGUUGCUAUACAGAAAUGAGUACAUUCUGUCACCAGUCUGACUGAAACUUCAAGCUAUUUGUCCAGUGACUCAGCCGCUGUUCCCUUGGCUGAUCAUCGUUCUCUGCUGAACAGACUGGCCUUGCACCAGGGACAGCGUGGGACACACCGUGCAUGUUACUUCUUGAGGACUAAGCCUGUGCCAGUGCUUUCCUAGGCAGUGUGCUUUCCACCUGCCCCCUCCCUAGACCUGGAUGCUACACAUGCUUUCAAGAACCUUCAGUGUGUACCCUUUUCUAGCUACCACUUUGGGGCAAGCCGUUCCAGCAUUAGGUUUGGACACUAUAGGCAAACAAUGUAUACCACAUAUGUUGUACUAUUCUUAAGCGUUUUGAUACCACCAUCUAAAAAGUCGAUCACUAUUUUGACUAUUGCCUCCUGGUGCAAAACAUGAAGAUCUAGCUGGAGGCACUCUGGAGUUCUAGACAGUUUCCAGUUUGCUUGGAGGUAGCUGGGUAAUCGAAAAUGAUUCGUCCCUGUUAGGUGUGGCUUGUAAUCCCAGCACUUAAGAGGCAGAGGGAUUAAAAAUUCAAGGCCAGCCUGUGCUACAUGGCUACACAGCAAGACCCUGUCUUCCCCCUCCCCUACCCUUUCUUCCCAAAAAGCCCAAGUCAAGAUGUUUAGUCUCUUAAUUCAAUGUGAAACAUAAAGUUCCUUAUGACUAAGAGUCUGAAAAACUUGUUAAUGCUGUCUAGUACUUGUUCAGUAUCUUCCUUUUGAGCGCCCCCUCCCCCCCACCCCCAAAAGAGUUCAGGACUUCUUCACAUGGCAAUAAACUUGCCAUUUAAAUCUGUUCAGUUGUCCUUCAUCAUCAAGAUCUCUGUGUCAAACCUGUGGUCAUCUAUAUGCACUUUGUUUACUCUUUAUACAAAUAAAUAUACUGAAGAAUUUACAUG